AUGCUAUUCCAGAAGUUAGUGUUGACCCUCAUCUGGGGAGUUCAGUCCGUCCAUUCUCAGGCUGUACCAUCGGAGCAGUGCGCCACAGGUGUUCACGCUAUUCUAGCUCGGGGCCAAGGUCCUGGCGAUCACUUGAACGUGUUGGUCUCGAUCCAAAACUUGGUUCUACAGCUUAUCCCGGGCUCGAGCAGCGUGGCCCUGCCCUAUAACCAUGGCGAGAACAAUCACCGGGCCGCAGACGCGGGAGGCGCUCUCAUGAUCCAGCAGUAUGUCCGAGAGUAUGUCGCCAGCUGCCCCAGCUCUAAGAUCUUCCUCAUGGGGUACUCGCUGGGUGGAAUCGCCUUGAUGGAUGCUCUCUGCGGGACUAGCUCUCUAUGGCUGUAUCCCGUACCCGCGCUGGAGCCCUAUUACAACAAAAACGUCAUUGCGGCAGCCACAUACGGCGAGGAAACCUAUCUGCCAGGCAUGCCGUGGGACGUGGGAUCUUGUACCGACGGAGUGGGUCUUUACCCCCGCCUUCAUCCUGAGUGGUGCGACCCCUACGCGGCUUCUCUGAGGGACUACUGCGACGAGGGCGAUAUGGAAUGCUGCCUCCACCUAGGCGUACCUACCUUUGCACACUUUCUGUAUAUUUUCAAGUACAACAUGGAUCUACUGCGCUUCGUCCAGCGACGACUGAACGAGACCCGAUAG